UUGAUGUGGGCACACGUCUGGGGCUGUAUCCUGAUUCUCCUUGGAGUCUGUGUUAGAACAUAACCUGUAAGAAUUCUUGGCUGAAGUCCUUAACCAGAACAACAGACACUAUGAUACCCUGGCAACUGGAAUAAUUUAUUUUCAUCGCUUCUAUAUGUUUCAUUCCUUCAAGCAAUUCCCAAGAUAUGUGACAGGAGCUUGUUGUCUCUUUCUGGCUGGGAAAGUGGAAGAAACGCCCAAAAAAUGUAAAGAUAUCAUCAAAACAGCUCGAAGUUUGUUAAAUGAUGUACAGUUUGGCCAGUUUGGAGAUGACCCAAAGGAAGAAGUAAUGGUCCUGGAGAGAAUCUUACUACAGACCAUAAAGUUUGAUUUACAGGUGGAACAUCCAUACCAAUUUCUGCUCAAAUAUGCAAAACAACUCAAAGGUGAUAAAAACAAAAUUCAGAAGUUGGUUCAAAUGGCAUGGACAUUUGUAAAUGACAGCCUGUGCACCACCCUGUCACUGCAGUGGGAACCAGAGAUCAUAGCGGUGGCGGUGAUGUAUCUCGCAGGACGUUUGUGCAAGUUUGAGAUCCAAGAGUGGACCUCCAAACCCAUGUACAGGAGAUGGUGGGAGCAGUUUGUUCAAGAUGUCCCUGUCGACGUUUUGGAAGAUAUCUGCCACCAGAUCCUGGACCUGUACUCACAAGGGAAACAGCAGAUGCCCCAUCACACCCCCCACCAGCUGCAGCAGCCCCCGUCUCUUCAGUCCACACCACAAGUGCCACAGGUGCAGCAGCCCCCGCCACCUCAAGGCUCCGAGCCGCCCCAGCCCCCACAGAAGGACUGCCCGCAGCCCGCCCAGCAGCAGCAGCAAGCACAGCAGCCGAAGAAACCAUCUCCACAGCCGAGUCCUCCCAGACAGGUCAAACGAGCCGUGGUUGUUUCUCCCAAAGAAGAGAGCAAAGCACCAGAACCGCCACCAUCUAAAAUACCCAAACUGGAGACCACCACCCACCCACCACUGCCUCCGGCCCACCCACCUCCAGACCGGAAGCCUCCCCUCGCCGCGGCCUUGGGUGAGGCCGAACCACCGGGCCCUGUGGACGCCGGUGACCUCCCCAAAGUCCAGAUCCCCCCGCCGGCCCACCCGGCGCCCGUGCACCAGCCGCCCCCGCUGCCACACCGACCCCCGCCGCCGCCCCCCUCCAGCUACAUCACGGGCAUGUCCACCACCAGCUCCUACAUGUCUGGUGAGGGCUACCAGAGCCUGCAGUCCAUGAUGAAGACCGAGGGCCCCGCCUACGGCGCCCUGCCGCCCGCCUACGGCCCGCCUGCCCACCUGCCCUACCACCCCCAUGUGUACCCCCCCAACCCCGGCCGUGUAGACAGUGGCAGGCAGUGUGGGCAGGAGCGGGAAGUGAACUGGGGGUGCUCCCGUCUGCACGGGGCAGACUGGCUGGAGCGUAGCUGUGCAGGGCCGCUGGCGGCGCCUGACCCGCGUCGUCGGGAGGCCGCCCUGGGUGACUUGGUGCUGGCGAGCGUCUUAACCAGCCACAUUGGCUCAGACCAUGGCUGCGGUCGGCCGCUGUCCUGCGAGAAUCAGUGCCUAUUUUUCCUGGAGACUCAGUUUUCAACAGUCCGGCUCCGUCUGGAGUCACACUGUCUUCAGCGCUUUCGUUCUGCAGCGUCGUCUCCUACGACACCAGUGGGUCGGAGGAGCCGUGUUUUUGAUUUUCAGUUUUUCUGA